UGUAAUAUGGUUCGGACGGUAGUUGUCAAAUAACUCUGCGGGGUUGGGCGAAUGAAAUCAUGGUCAUAACAUGUUUCCGCAAAGUUCUGCGUGACAUGUGGGGUCCCCAGGUAUUUGUGACUGUAGCCAAGAGCUGGCAGAUGUGACCUUAGAAUGGCAAGUGCAAGAUUCACAUCCAUCGCACGGGUAGUAACUUUCUACCGACUUUUUCUGCUUAUGUGCUGCCGUAAUGCUUACUUACCUACUACUACAGUACUACUUCAUAUUGUGUUAUGGAGGAGGUAUGAGGGAUCUGCGUGUACUUCUUCCCGAAAUGCUUUACUGCGAACAGAGUUUUCUUCUGAUCAAGUUCCACCGGCAUAUGUAUAAGAAUGAUCAUAUCUGCUGUUUUCUCGUUUGGUUUUCGUUUGUGCCACCUUACUUCUUUUCAUUUUCGUGUACAGUCAGUCGUCUUGUGAGGGUCAAGUGGUGGAUGAUUGAUAAGUAUCUUUCGGAAGUCCUCAACUCUUUUAUAUCUUUUCAGCGGUAUACACAUACACGGUUAGACAACGGAGAAACAUGGCCAUGUUUGGUUCAGAAAAUUACUUCGGCCUCAGAGGCUCCAAGUUGAAUCUCGCCAUUACAGUAGUUUCUGGACUGGAUUUUGCGUGAGUUUUCCUUUCAUUUCACAUUUUGUGGUGUGUGGCAGAUUGUAUACCCACAUUGUCAUGGUACGACAUUUGAGAAGAUGGAGGUGGGGUUGGGUGGGUUUGAGUGAACCACCUUUUUUCCUUGCUGAAGACUUUACUUUUCCGGUGUUUUCCCGGCAUGAAUCACGUAGCCAGUAUCCACCGCUAACUCCUUCAUAGUCUUUUUGGUUAUGACCAGGGUGUCAUGUAAGUGUUCCCAAAACAACCUCAUUCGUAUACUGCAAUUCAAAUCACAGUAUCUAAUGGUCCGGACUACAGUCUGACAAUGAGUGACUUUCUGAUUCAUUGGAAUAUUCGAAUUAAUUGAAUGUUAAUUAUGUUCAAAGAUUUACAACUUUUCAAACAUCGAAAGCUCACAUCUAGUCUGUUAGUCCGGACUAUCAAACGAUCUGGGUUCGCCCAGAACCGUUACAGGAUUGAGCUCAUAUCUUCUUAGGGGAGGAUUGUUGACUCUGCCAUCUUUCGUUGCAACAUUUCCGGAAAUCGAUACUCUUCGCGAUACAUCCAAUUACACAUCCACCAUUCAAGGCAUAUCAGUGUCGAGUUACAAUCUUGGUUGUUUCCUUGGAGCUAUAGUUACCAUCUUUAUUGGAGAUGUUCUCGGCCGACGUCGCAUGAUAUUCCUUGGUUCUUGUAUCAUGAUCGUUGGAGCUGUCCUCCAGGCAUGUGCUUUUAGUCUCGGUCAACUGGUUGCUGGACGUGUUAUUACUGGUGUAGGAAAUGGCAUGAAUACAAGUACAGUUCCUACAUGGGCUUCUGAAACAUCUGAGUCUCAUACGAGAGGAAGAAUGGUCAUGUUCCAAGGUGCCAUGAUUACAGGUGGUAUUGCCUUGUCAUACUGGCUUGAUUUCGGAUUAUCUUUUGUGGAGCAAGAUUCAGUAUCUUGGAGGUUUCCAAUUGCUUUCCAAAUUUUGCCAGCCGUUCUAAUACUUAUGUUUAUUCUCCAGCUUCCAGAAUCCCCUCGGUAAGUAUCUUCUUCCAAUGUCCAACUUAAUUCAAUCUGACAAACCUUUUAGUUGGCUUGUUUUGAGAAAACGAGAAGCAGAGGCUAAAGGAGUCCUCUCAGCACUUGCGGAUCUUCCUGAAGAUAACGAAGGUGUUCGCAAAACUUUCGGUAUGAUCAAAGAUCAGGUGGCCGAAGCAGCCAAUUCCGGCUACCGUGAUCUAUUUACCAUGGGCCCGGAGCGUAACUUCCAUCGUGUUGUGCUCGCAUAUACUAUUCAAGUAUUCCAACAAAUCUCUGGUAUUAAUCUCAUAACCUACUAUGCGGCUACAAUUUUCGAGAAAUACAUCGGUCUCGAUGGUCGAACUUCCCGUAUUCUAGCAGCAGGAAACGGAUCGGUAUACUUCAUUGCUUCCUUCAUUGCCCCCUUUACAAUUGAAAAACUCGGUCGUCGUAAAUCCAUGUUAUGGGGCUCAGUCGGCAUGGUAGCAAGUAUGGUCAUUCUUGCCGUCAUGAAUUACCUUUCCGAAAACGGCAUCGGCGGUUCAACGCCUGGCGUUGUCUCCACCGUGUUCCUCUUCGCCUUCAACAUUUUCUUUGCAGGUGGAUGGCUCGCAGUCCCUUGGUUAUACCCUGCUGAAAUUGUUCCUCUCAAAAUCCGUGCACCAGCAAAUGGUCUCUCUACAUCGGCCAACUGGAUUUUCAAUUUCAUGGUUGUAAUGAUCACCCCAGUUGCAUUUAAUUCCAUUGGUUACAAAACCUACAUUAUUUUUGCAGUCAUCAACUUUUUCAUGAUGCCAGUUAUCUAUUUCCUUUAUCCAGAAACUGCAUAUAGAAACUUGGAGGAAAUCGAUUUGAUAUUCCUCGAAACGAAGAGUUGGUUUGGUGCUGUAGGGGCUGCGAAGAAGUUGGAGCUGGAAUUUGGAAAGCGUGGAGAUCUGUCAGUUGUUCCGGAAAAAAUGGUUCUUGAAUCAGUAGUUGGUGGAGCAAUAGGAAUGAAGGAGAUUGGAAGUAGUAAUGGAUCAGUGAUGCAUGAGGAGAAUGCUUCAAGGCCGAGAUAUACGAGUGGAGAAAGUAUGGCAUGAAAUGAGGUUAUGACUAAUGGGCUGAAUUCUGAGGCGGAAACAGUGGCUUUUUUUUAAAUAUACCCAGUCAGUGUUUAGCGGUCACCGGUGGUCAAGAGCUACGUUCUUUUUAUUACUCGCUCUCCGUCAUGAAUAUAUACCCAUAUACCUGUAUGUGAUGUUUUAGUAGCGUUGGAAUAGUAAUUAAUCAAAUAUUCAUUGAGUGAUGGGGUUAUCGAAUUAUAGAUGUGAUUUAAUAGACUUUUAUUACAUUCUUUUUAUAAAUAUCGGAUUGAGAAACUCGCUCAUUGUAUUUAUUGUUAACAGUGAGAAAUUUAACGAUUAGGAGAUUCUAUAUGGCUGACUGAAGAGAUGAAUUUGAAUAUCUUAAUGAUAUAUUACUAUAUGUAUAUACAAGUUUAUUAUUAUCCAACAAUACAAACAACGUUAACCCAAUCAUCCCAUCUAUCAUCCUAUCUAUCUCCAUCCAGCGCCGUCAACCAAGCUCAAC